GGCGGGUGCGCGUAGGUGUGAGGGCUCAGGUGGCCCGGGAUUUUCUGAGCGUGUGUAUCCACGCAGACCUCGUUCCUGCUAAGGACAGAGAGGAGGGACUUAGACAACUUUCUGUGGCCCAGGUCGGUUGGGGCCCCUCUGGUCCCCAAGGCAAGAAGAAGCCGGCACUGGUGACCCCUGGCCUCCCAAGUCCCAGGCACCCCCAGUGGACCCUUAGGUCUUCAGAUACUUCUCCAGCGGAGUCCUCACAUGUCCCCGGAAGGACCCAGGACACCCCAGCCUGGAGAAGGGGACGUCCACUGACCUGCACCAACCCAGCAACGAGCGCCGGCGUCCCCAGGGUGCCCCAUAGCAUGGAGGGAUGUUCCUUGUGUCCCUGAGCCCACUGCCCCCCGGGGUCAGCCAGAUGGGGCUGGCGGAGGUGGCACCCCUGUCCUCAGCCAAGGCCGCUGGAUACACACAGGGACGGGGCCUGCUUGUCAUAAUGGAGAUUCUGUUGUUUUCAGAUUUCUCAAGGGAGAGAUAGAAAUGAGUAAGAGGAAGAAGCCUCGAACCACAGGAAUCCAUCCCCCCAAACCUCCCAAGAACCCACGGCUUGGAGACUCUGAUGGGGACUCCCGAAGUUCCAAGCUGGGCGGCUUGCGUCACCCCGGUGUCUCAGAAGACAGCCUGACACCUGCCGCCCCUACGGAGCCCAGCAGACAGGAGCCAAGGCCGGCUGUCUCCAGCUUCCCUGAAGAGGAAACCACAGCUGCCUCCUUUCUGGGGCAACUAGAAAAAGAAGCUGCUCUCCUUCCCUCUUCCCAGACCUCACUUGGGAGAUUUGUCCCUCAGUUUGCAAAACCCAGGAAGACAGUGACAAGAAAAGCAGAGACAAGGGAAGAGGAUCUGGAGAGGAGGGCUGUUAGCCUGGAAGCCUUGCCCAACCCCAGUGCCCCAGGGCUGCUGGAGGGAUCCCCGGGCCCAGGAGAUCAGAUGCCAUCAGAGAGCCCCCACCCUGAGCAGAGUGGCCAGAAGCCCAGGACACCUGUGCCUGGAGAGGGAGCAGGAUCCUCUAACUCAGAGGUGGCCAGCCAGGAGCCAGUGUCGGAGCAAGGGACCAGUGCUUUGGAUGGCGGGAAUGCGGGCAGCAGUGGGCCUGAGAGGGCACAGGGGCCAGGCAGUCCGGAAGGGCAGCUGCCUUGCAGUGGUGCUGAAGGGACGAAGCCAGACCAAGGAGCCCCCCAGGAGGGUGGUGCCCAGCAUGGGACCCCAGAAGGAGGAGGUGGCAUCUCCAGCGCCCCUGUGCCUGCUCCCGCCUUGGCCACACCAUGCAUGAAGGCCUGGACUUCAGCCCAGGACCUCCCAGACCCCAGGCAGACACCCAGAGGGGCAGGCGGGCAGGCAGAGUCCUGCCCAUUGGGGACCACAGUCACAGACAGCACGGACAAAGUUGCCCCAGAGACAGAGCAGGAGGCCCUGGGGGUGGCCAGCCCAGGUACGCAGGCGGACACCCAGCCCUCUGCCUCUCCCAGGGAGCAGACCCCCCAGGGCUGCAUGUCUCUGUCUGAGGAGACCACAGGGGGCAGGGGAAAGGCAGGGCCAGAAGAUAAGCCCCCCAGUGACACCCCAGGGAGCCCUGCAGCCUUUCAGGCUGUGGUUCCAGGAAACCGAGGACCCGCUCUUGAUGCUGAAGACCCUGGCCACCCAGCACCGGACCUGGGCCCAGGUGUUGAUCAGAGCCAGGUGCCUGGCCCUGCGGUGGAGUGGCCAGGAAGGGCACAGCUCGGGGAUAGACAGGCAGUGGAGUCCGGCAGCCAGCACUUUGAAGGAGGCCACGUGGGGCUCAGCCUGGCCCUCCUUGCCUUGCAUCCUCUGGAACACAGGGAUGCCACCAAUGGCCCUUUCUGGGAGGCCAGUGCCCACCAGGGAAGCCCGAAAGCCCCUACACCCCCACCAGACCCACUCCAGCACCCUCCGGACUCUGCAAGCCAGGCCGGGUGGCCAGAGUCCUCAGCCAUGGAGCUCGACUUCCUGCCCGACAGCCAGCUGCAGGAUGCCCUGGAUGCCCCCGACUUGGAGGCCCCACCUGAGCAGGAUGGUCCCAUAGGGAAUGAGUCAGGCCUCUGCUGGCCUGGCCCCAGCCCUGGUGCCAGUCAGGGAGACCGAGUCCUGGUGGCGGAGGCCCCACCAAGGAUGGAGGACGCCUCCGACACAGUUCGUGGCCUCAUCGUGGAGCUCUCUAACCUCAACCGGCUGAUCAUGAGCGCUCACCGCGACCUAGAAGCCUUCAAGCGCCUUGGCUCCAGGAAAGCUCGGCCUUCACCCUGUCUGGCCAAGGGGGCUGGUGCCAUGUCCUGGAGGGAUCUGUAGGCUUCUCUGCCAUCCUGUUCUUCAUCUGCUCCACCUGGUGUUUUGUUUACAAGAUGCUCCAGGAGUUCCUAGAAAUGACUCCCACGGGCUGGAAGCCAGCCUCCUAGACAGCAAACCAACCCCCCCCCCGGGUGGGUGGGGCCUCCUGUGGGGGCCCAGCAUAGGCAACACCCUGAAGCCCUGGAGAGGCAUAUGCCGGCACUCCAGAGGUCAGUGAGACCCGCAUCUAAGGUUUGUCUGAUUUGUAAAAGGUUAGAUUUGGAAUUUCUCUCCUGGAGGAGCAUGGGACCCUUUGUUGGGUGUAUCUUCCUUUCUCCCGCUUUCCAUUUUAUUUCCUCUGGGAAGACCAGUAAUAAAUGACGUUGUCAAGAG